UUACGAAUUCCCCCACAGAACGAUAUUGACCUGUUAAUUUGUGUCGAAUGUAUGGAGAUCCUUCGUCCAAGAGGAAUUAUGUAACAAAGCGUGGGCAGUUUACCGAAAGAUUUCAUGAAGUGAGCCAGAGAAUAAGACGAUUAUGUUUCUCGGCUGUAGGAUAGAAGUCUUAAGGUGCCGCCGGUCUUUUAACUGGACCCUUUGGAGGGAGGAGGCCAAGCGGCAGGUGGGUGGACGCGCGACCCAUUCAUAAAACCCAGGGCUCUCGGCUUGCUUCUCUCAUUGGCCCCGGGGGGAAGGGGCGUGACCCGCGGGUGGAGCGCGCUCCGGGCCCCAGGGAGUGGGAAGAUCCACGCUUGGGUGGAGCGAGGGGGCGUUCCUUAGUUUUCCCGGCAGGACUGCCUUUUCCCCUCGCCGUGUUCCUCCUCUCUCCCCUGGGGUGGGAUGGUACGUCCCACCCUCCUCGCAUUCCCGCCCCCUCCUCCCCUCCGGAGCUGUGGCGCUGCCGCCAUCUUGGCACGUCAGGUUGAGGGAAAGAGCCAAACCCUGGCUUCAGGGGGCCCGGACAGGAGGGACCCUCCGGCGGUAGACAGCGAGCCCUACCCCCAGCCCUCCUCCCGUUUUUGCUCCGGCGCGGGGCUCUGAGGCGUCCCAAGGCCGGCCGGUUCCUGUCAGGCCCGGGGAGGAGGGGCGGACGGGGCGGCCUCUGCCUCCCCGGGACGGGCGCUACCACCCGGGCGUGGAGGAGAGCGCCUGGUGACGGUGGGGCGGCGGCGGCGCCCGGGGGCGGGGUGCGGAGCGAGCCGGCCGACUCCCUGGAGCGGAGCGGAGCGGGGCGGGGCGGGGCGGGCCGUGGGGGCGGGCCGUGGGGCGGACGGAACCACCGGGGCGGGGUGGGGAGGUAACGGGACGGGCGCUACCAUGGCGCGGUGAGGGAGCGGGGGUAGGGAUCGGUCCCGGGGAGGCCUGGGGCCGCUGGCUUGUGCGCCGUCUCGGCCGCCCCCCCUUUUGCCGCCGCCGCCGCCGCCGCCCCGGGCAUGUCGUCCAACUGCACCAGCACCACGGCGGUGGCGGUGGCGCCGCUCAGCGCCAGCAAGACCAAGACCAAAAAGAAGCAUUUCGUGUGCCAGAAAGUGAAGCUAUUCCGGGCCAGCGAGCCGAUCCUCAGCGUCCUGAUGUGGGGGGUGAACCACACGAUCAAUGAGCUGAGCAAUGUCCCCGUCCCUGUCAUGCUAAUGCCAGAUGACUUCAAAGCAUACAGCAAGAUCAAGGUGGACAAUCAUCUCUUCAAUAAGGAGAACCUUCCCAGCCGUUUUAAGUUUAAGGAGUACUGCCCCAUGGUGUUCCGGAAUCUCCGGGAGAGGUUUGGGAUUGAUGAUCAGGAUUACCAGAAUUCGGUGACGCGCAGCGCCCCUAUCAACAGUGACAGCCAGGGCCGAUGUGGCACACGUUUCCUCACCACCUACGACCGGCGCUUUGUCAUCAAGACCGUGUCAAGUGAGGAUGUGGCUGAGAUGCACAACAUCUUAAAGAAAUACCACCAGUUCAUCGUGGAGUGUCACGGCAACACCCUUUUGCCGCAGUUCCUGGGCAUGUACCGCUUGACCGUGGAUGGCGUGGAGACCUACAUGGUGGUCACCAGGAACGUGUUCAGCCAUCGGCUCACUGUGCACCGCAAGUAUGACCUCAAGGGCUCCACUGUUGCCAGAGAAGCGAGCGACAAGGAGAAGGCCAAGGACUUGCCGACAUUCAAAGACAAUGACUUCCUCAAUGAGGGGCAGAAGCUGCAUGUGGGAGAGGAGAGUAAAAAGAACUUCCUGGAAAAACUGAAACGGGACGUGGAGUUCCUGGCCCAGCUGAAGAUCAUGGACUACAGCCUGCUGGUGGGCAUCCACGACGUGGACCGGGCAGAGCAGGAGGAGAUGGAGGUGGAGGAGCGGGCAGAGGACGAGGAGUGCGAGAAUGACGGGCUGGGUGGCAACCUGCUGUGCUCCUACGGCACGCCUCCGGACAGCCCCGGCAACCUCCUCAGCUUCCCCCGCUUCUUUGGUCCUGGGGAGUUCGACCCCUCUGUUGACGUCUAUGCCAUGAAAAGCCAUGAAAGUGCCCCCAAGAAAGAGGUCUAUUUCAUGGCCAUCAUCGACAUCCUCACGCCAUAUGAUGCUAAGAAGAAAGCCGCGCACGCUGCCAAAACAGUGAAGCACGGGGCGGGGGCCGAGAUCUCGACUGUGAACCCUGAGCAGUACUCCAAACGCUUCAACGAGUUCAUGUCCAACAUCCUGACGUAGUUACCUUCUACCUUCAGCCAGAGCCGGAGAGCCGGAUGUGGGGUCGGGCCAGAAAAGGGAGAGGGUGUAUUUGGGCUAGAUGGGAGGGUGGGGAGCGUGGGGAGCAGUGUAGGGGGAGGGGAGGGCUUCAGUGAUGAGACUGCAGCCUGUGACAUUGAAAGACUCUAGCUGGGGAGGAGGGGAUGUGCUGUGUGAGCACGUACCCACAGGGUGUAGCCUUGAUCUUUCCCCCAUUUGACCCAGGUUGAAAAGGGGUUUCCUUUUUGUUCCCUUGUAACCUUUUUAACAAUACGUUGGGGCUAGAGAUGAGUUUGUGGGUUUAUGUGGGUUUUGUUUCUGAAAUCUCAUUGCUCCAGGUUUGCUAUUUAUAAUGAUGUGUGUCAUCACCCCAUCACCCUCCCCAUCCCUGCCCUGCUCUCGGUUCCCUUCAGUGAAAGAGGCACCCCCAUGGACCCGGCCAAGGGGCCUCUCAGGGCCAAGUGCUCUGAUGGCAGAGGAGAGGUCAGACACUUCAGUCCUGCUGCAUUUGAUCUUGUCUGGAUUAACUUUUUCAUUUUCUGGAGCAUUGUGCACAAACUUCCUCCACCUUUUCACCUUGGAUCCAAGUGAAAUGUUACCUGAUUCCUCCAUCUAAAUGCUGUCCUCCAAAUCAACAGCAGGCAUCUUGGAUCAGAAUCAGAGAUCUCACAGGGGCGUGAGUUCAUCCUCAUGGGAUGGUGAGGGGUGGGGGUAGCGGCUGGGCUCUUGGACAGCUGGUUCUCACAGAACCCUGCGAUCAUCACCCACGCCUCUGAGCUCCUUUGGCUGCUGGAGUUCAGAUGUCCUCUGUCUAAAGCCUGCCUCCCGUUGGUCAAGAGGAACUAGAAAGCAUCUUUAGGUACAGCAGGAGCCUUCAUGCUUCGAUGGUUAUUUCCCCUUGGGAAACCCCCCAGAACCUGAUGAGUAGCCAGUGAGGCCUUGUGCCCUCCAUCCAUUGACUUCCUCCUGACCUUCUCCCACGCACCCUCCCUUGUAGUUGAGCUUUUAGCUGGGGGAGACCUCCACGUGCCUGGGAUGCUCCUUGCAGAGAGGCCUCCUCAAGCCCCAGGGCCACCAUGUAGAUAAUCUGAUGCCCUGUGCCUGUGGUCUGUCCCCCUGGACAGUUUUGGCCAUCAGGGAGUGCUGCCCCCCACCGUGGAGUGUGGCACCCAAGCCUGAGCUGGCCGCGGAGUCACUUGAAGAUGUGACCCAGGAAAUCCAAUGUGGAAGCCUGAAACGGGAUUCGACCUGGCCCAGCUUUGGGGCUGUUUUCCUUGAUGCCCCCGUCUUAACUUUGAGCAGAUCUGCCACCCCAGGGGUGCUUCGGGAGUGGCUUCCUGCAGCUUCGUGCAGGGUCCCCACCCACCUGCUGAGCUACCCAGGCCUCAGAACUGAGCCGGGUGUCAUUCUGUGAUGCCAUCAGAGCAGUCUGGUCUGGCUCAGAGAGAACAGCCCUGUGUUGGGGGAGGUACAUUCCUGCACCUUCUCACCCCCUCACCCGGAACUGGGGAUUUGGGAUGAUCUAUGGUAAAACUUUUGUAGAUAACCCCACAGGUGCGAUGAAAGUUUAUGGAAACAUUUCAAAUGGAUGGACUGGUUUCCUGUGGCUCCCUCCAAACCUGGCCAAGUUCAGCUUCUGGAGCAGGAACCACCGCCUCCGUGCCCUACCUGCAGCGUUUAGGUGAGGGGGGAAUGGAGGCAGCAUUCUUGGACUCCAGUGAGGCUGCUGGAACUGUUCUGGAAGAGGCAAAUAGGUCAGACAACCGCCCCCCGGCCCAGGAAGGGGCCAUAGGCAGCUCUGAAUGAUCAGCAGCAGCAAGACCAUGAAGUGACUUGGGGAAGAACUUGGAACCAAGUGGCUCACGGAGAAAACAGAUCUGACUUAGGACGGGAUUACGUAGGAACGAUGUUUGGACUUGAUUUCCCCACCUCCUAAUCAAGAAUGGAAAUUUGGAUCUGUCCCUCGGGAGGCCCGCAUCUUCCGAGCUUAGUGGGCUGUCCUCCAGCAGAGGCCACAGCCUUGGGCUCCCACCGGCUUCCUGCGUUUGGUCUGCUGAUUAUGUUGCCAUCAUGUGUGUGAAAAGUGUAACACAAUCCAUCGGUUAAAAAAUGAGCUACCAGGUAUCUAACUUCUUUAACAUUGAGUUUUGUGUUUUUUGUGGGGUUUUUGGUUGUUGUUGUUGUUGUUUUUUUUUUUUUUUUUUG